AUGUUUCCUUGCUUUGAUGAACCAGCAAUGAAAGCGAAAUUCACUAUUCAAGUUAUCGUGUUAGAGAAAGAUGGUUAUAAACCUAUCAGUAAUAUGCCACAACAGGAAUACAAGAUAAUCGAUGGUGGUACAUCACAUACUUUCUUUGAGUCAGUACCGAUGUCAACAUAUUUAGUGGCAGUUAUUGUUUCCGAUUUUGAUCAUAAAUUUGAACAAAUAAAUGGAACUAAAUUAGCUGUAUACGCACGUCCCAACGCCAUCAAUCAAACCGACUACGCUCUAUCUGUAAUGUAUCAAUUGAUAAACUUCUUCGAAAUAACGUACGAUCAGAAAUAUCCACUUUCAAAACUCUAUAUGGCUGCACUACCUGAUUUUGGAUCAGGCGCAAUGGAAAAUUGGGGUCUUUUAACAUAUAGGGAAACGAGUAUGUUAUAUGACGAGAAUCAUUCACCGAUCACAAACCAACAAGAUAUCAGAAACGUGAUUGCUCAUGAAAUCUCCCAUCAAUGGUUCGGAAAUUUAGUCAGUCCUCUGUGGUGGAAGUACGUGUGGUUGAACGAAGGAUUUGCUAGAUACUUCGAAUAUCAUGCUCCUGCUCGUGCAUUUAAUGAUGAUACGUUGAUAUCGCAAUUUGUGGUUGACCAAGUACAUUCUGCUUUCAAAGCAGAUAGUUCCUUCUCUACACAUCCCAUGAGUCAUAAUGUAACAACUCCUCAUGAAAUUCAAAAUAUAUUUGAUACAAUCACUUAUGCAAAAGGUGGUAGCAUAUUAAGAAUGAUCGAAAAAACAUACGGAACCGACGUGUUCAAUGAGGCAUUAAUUGACUAUCUGAACAAACGAAAAUAUAACUUUGCUAUACCGGACCACUUGUAUGAAUCACUUCAACUAAAAGUAGAUAAGAAAGGACUAAAAGACAAUGUGAAAGUUAUCUUAGACAAAUGGACAACUCAACCUGGAUAUCCCAUCGUUGAUGUCUCUAUUACAAAAGAUUUUAUAGUUAUGACACAAAAACGUUUCUUCCUUAAAGAAUAUGAAAAUGCUCUUGAUGAUACUAUAUGGCAUAUUCCAAUUACAUGGGCAUUAGUUCAGAAUAGUUCAGACUUUAAUUAUUUUAAUACCACGCCAAAAUUAUGGUUAAAAGAAAAAUUGACAAUAAUAAAAAAACCAUCGGACUUACCACCAGAAUCACUUUUAAUAUUCAACAACCAGCAAUCAGGUUAUUAUCGUGUAAAUUAUAAUGAACAACAUUGGAUGAAACUGAUUGAUUAUCUUAAAAAUCAGGAUAUUGAGACAAUUCACGAAAUCAAUCGCGCAGCAUUAAUUGAUGAUCUUAUGAAUCUUGCAAGAGCAGAUUAUAUCGACUAUAAAACUGUUAUAUCUGCUACAAUGUAUUUGGAAAAAGAAAAUAAUUAUUUCCCUUGGCGUGCGUUCUUCAAUAAUUUGCCUUACUUAAACAAUCGUUUUGCAGGACGCGAUAAUGAAGGCAUAUAUAAAGUACGUAUGUUAUAA